AAGUGAUCUACAUUUCUGUAUUGACAAAUGUUAAAAAUAACAUUUCGCUAGUUUUUAAUUUCUUCACGGUUGCGAGGACAGUUAUACGAUUUUCCAUUUGUCACGUAGUCUAGUGGGGACGUGACAACUGGGACGUAAACGUAAGCUAAAAAAACCUGUGACGUAGCUUUCAAUUGAUGUGUAAAUCGCCCAAGUAAACAGACGAGUUUCUCUUUUUCUUUCUUUAAAUGACACGUUUUAAUUAACACUAAAUACGUAAAUCAUAAAAAUAAUAAAUGUUUAAAGACACUUAAAUGAUCUGCAAAUAAAACAACAAAGGCAUAACUUUAAACAUAAUUUACAUACUAUUCAUAUAGUAACGGACGGUAGAUUUAUAUAUCAACUGUCCGCAUUCUCGAUAUUGCUGAAAAAAUAAAAGGUGUGAACUUCAAUGAUUUCAGUAUUUUUAGAAAUAUUACAUUAAUAUAAUAGUCAUUUUCUCACUAUAAUAUUUUUCAAAAAUUACUUAAAUAUGCCUUGAUAUGCAUGAGAGUAAAAAUUGGGAUAUCCCCUAGAUAUGAAAGCGAAGCAGUUGCAGCAGCGAGCUUUUUCAACAGAAGGAGGCGUUAACGUUCCUUCUCGUAGUGUUGUUUCCUGCUCUGACGGUGCUCUGAUCUCCUAAUGAAACUAAAACAACGAUGGCAAGGCCGCUUACUUCCAAUGGAGUGGUAGAAUAUCCCCAACCCUCGAUUUAAAGCACGAAAUCGGUUGGUAGUAGGGCUUCAAAACAUCAUAUGUCGGCAUGUCGCUGAGCUCAGGCGGGUGGACUCACACACCUCCGCCGGCCCAGCCACCAUCGUCUCAUCUCGGCCAUGAGGCCUCGCAGUCGGGCUGCAACACUGUUUUGAUGUCGGUGAAGGUGUCGGUAUGCCACUCUGGUAUACGACCGCUUUGUCUCCCGGGCGCCGGAGACGAAUCUCUCCGUCUUCAGCUGAGCAUGGACCCGGGGAAGGCAGGGGAAUUCCGCCUUACGUUACGGGACGUCAGCGGAGUAGCUGCUGGACGCAGUGUGUCCAUUGCUGAGUUUGACCUCAAGACCGUUCGCUAUGAAAUCAAGUCACCACAGUGCCAUGAGCUGAGUUUGGCUACACCCCCACAUGAUAAGAUCACGUUCAACUUCCGCUGUGAGCAAGAAGCACAGGAGUGGGCCACUGUGGUGAUGUCAUCGCUCCGAGAGGCUCAUCGAGUGGCCAUUAGCUCCCCACCUGAGGAUGGACGGCAGGUUCCUCAACCUUCAAAUUCACAGCGCACCACACCAAUGCAACAUACAGAGGAGAUAUGUGCAGAGCUGGUUAGUGCUAUAGAGGCAGGUGAUGUUCGGGGGGCAUCCAUUUGUGCGUCUUCCUUGGCUAAACAGAAAGCUGCUCUGUGCAUUAAGCCCUCUAAACAAAAUUACACAGACAUUGAAAUCAGCCUGGCUGUGGUGGUAGAGGACGCUUCCUCCUCUUGUUGUGUCACAGUAAUCGUCUUCCCUCACUCUACCAUUGGUGCUCUCAAACAACAAGUCUUCACAGACUAUGGUUUUCAUCCACGUGUGCAGCGCUGGGUCAUCGGUCAGUCCUUGUGCUCUGAUCAGAGAUCUCUGGCAUCUUACGGAGUUCAGCGAGAUGGCGACACUGCGUUCCUUUAUCUUAUUUCUGCCCAUCAGGCCCGUCUCAAUCAGGCACUGUAUCAACAAGAUCAAGAAAGUGCUUUACUCAUGCCAUCAUCUAGUCAGCCCCGUCAAGAAUCGGCUACCAAUGGGCCAGCGGCUCUGAACGCAGCAUCGAGACCAUACAGUACCCUGCCUACAAGACUGCACAACAACCAUAAUAGUCUGAGCAACAGUGCUACUGGAACAGCGAGGUUGGGUUUGGGUGAAAUCCGUGACCUGAUCAACCUUGAGAUGCCCCAGCUGAAUGAAGCAAUGGUGCCCAACAGAACAAAAACACAGCUGGGAUGGGCCUGCCCGACCUGUACAUAUAUUAAUAAACCAACCCGGCCAGGCUGUGAAAUGUGUAGCGCAGACAGACCUGAAGGGUACACUGUUCCCGGAAACUACAGACCAGAUGCUUUCGAGCUACGACGCAUUCAGCAAGAAAAAGAAGCAAUAAGACAGUACCAACAGGCCAAAGAAGCAGAGCGCAGGGAGAACUUUGCACGUCUGGUGAAGAUUGAUGGACAGGAUCUGGUUCCUAAUCCAGAGAGAGUGGAGUGCAGGAUCUGCUACGUGGAGCUUGAAUCUGGGGAGGGAGUUCUGCUCCGAGAGUGUCUCCACUGUUUCUGCAAAGAGUGUCUGCGCUCUGUCAUUCUGAUGUCUGAGGAUCCUCAGGUGGCAUGUCCAUACAGAGACGAGGCCUACGCCUGUGACCGCAUCCUGCAGGAGAGAGAAAUCAGAGCUCUGGUGUCGGUAGAAGAUUAUGAGCGCUGGCUGCAAAGGGGUCUGUCUGUCGCAGAGUCACGAUGUGAGGGCAGUUAUCACUGUGCAACUGCUGACUGUCCAGGCUGGUGUGUUUAUGAAGAUACUGUCAAUACUUUCCACUGCCCAGUCUGCAAAAAACACAACUGCCUGCUCUGCAAGGCCAUUCAUGAAGGGAUGAACUGUAGGCAGUACCAGGAUGACAUAGCAGCCCGUGCCAUCAAUGACUCUGCAGCUCGAAGAACCAGAGACCUGCUGAAGACUCUUGUGAACUCUGGAGAGGCGAUGCAUUGUCCCCAGUGUGGCAUCAUUGUGCAGAAGAAGGAGGGCUGUGAUUGGCUGCGCUGUACUGUCUGCCACACUGAGAUCUGCUGGGUCACCAGAGGACCACGCUGGGGGCCUAAAGGUCCUGGAGACACAAGUGGAGGCUGCCGCUGCAAUGUUAACAAACAGAGAUGCCACCCAAAAUGCCAGAAUUGUCACUAAGACAGAGCAAGACAAGGAGGAACAAGAAAAUGUAAGUGUGAGGAGAAAGUGAGAAAGACAAAGAAUAGCCAGGUUUUGUAGCAUUUAUGACAUCCAUAAAGUCAUAUUUCCACCUUUCUGAACUUUCAGUUCAGUUUUAAGUUUCUGACACUCAUAGGGAAGGUAAGCACAACUUUAACGCAUUCUAAGAUUUCUGAAUAUGUAUAGAUCUGUUCUACAACACAUGUUGUAAAUGAGUCUUUGCCAUGAGGUCAUUAUGUAGGCAAGGGGAAAUCCAGCUGAAGAGUUCCUCUUACUGGAAAACUACUUUAGUCCAGUAAUCAUACUAAUAAAACAACUAUAAAACAUUUUUGGCUGCCUUACGUUGUUAAGUACAAUCAAAUCAAAUUGUAAUUUCAACUUAUUUUAACUUUUGGCAAGUGGUUGAAUUAUAAAAUAUAAGUUAAAAUUGUUUAACUUAUUUUAAUGAGUUAAAUAAAUGUAAAGAAAUAACUUGUAAAGCCAAUUUGACUGUACUUAAAAAAACUUGAGGCAGCAAAAAAUGUUUUACAGUGUUGCCUUCAAUUGCAAUAAUUUAAAUCGUCACAGAAAUGCUUUAAAUUCCACUCAACUUCACCAUUUACGCAGCUGGUACAAAGUAUUAUAAUCUCAACUUGGAAGAUCUCAACUUGGAAGGUGUGAAUAAAUCAUUUUUUGAAAUGUUUUUUUUUUAUGAUUUGUCAACCAGUCUAUGAAGCAUUUGUAAAUGACUAGGGUGUAUGGCUUUCAAACUGUGAGGUUGUUGACAUUUCAGAACCAUAAGCAACAUUGGUACAAACAACAGUAUUGAAUAAAAUAUAUUUUACUACAAAAAAGUACAAUACAAUGUGGGGUCAUCUGAGUAUUGCUGACUCGGAAACUUAACCGAAACAAGCCGAGGCACCAGAAUGAUCCCAGGAGGACAUAAAUAAAGCUCUGAUACAUUACAAAAGGGAAUCGUAACAAUACUGAAGUGUUAGACUUGUCUCACUCUUAAAAGCUUUAUUACACUGUUACUGUAAAAGUGCCUUUUCUUGCCUGUUGUAAGUUUACCACUAACAUUAGGAUUAGUGGAGUGUUAUUUUUUAUUUUAUAUAUGUAGCUGUUGUUGUUGAUGUGUGAUCCUGAAUAACAGUAUGUGUGCAGUGUUUUCCCUCAACCUUUCCUAAGAACCAAAAGACAUUAUAUUUUGUGUAUUUGGCACUUUUUUUUUAAGUAAAACUAACACAAACAGUGCAUGCUUUAAAAUGUGACAUGUUUUGUUAGUUUUAUGAGUUAAUAUUCAGCCUAGGGAUUUAGUGUUGUGAAUUAAUGCUACAAUGUUAUGUAAAGCUAAUUUAAUGGUCAGGGACCUGAGGUUUAUGUGUUCUGAAGCCACACCAAAAUAUUAAUUUCCAAAGGUUUAAAUCUAUGCACUGUUAUAAAAUAUCAUUGCCCAAAGAAUUUACUUAUGCCAUCAAGAUAGAAAUACUUUACAUUUUCACAGAGUCACUAUUUAUAUUUAUAUAACACAAAAUGUACAAUGUAAGAUUAUAUUUGUGUAAUUUUACUAAUGUAUUUGUGGAACCUUUUGUGUGGAUGAAUGCAUUGACAUCAGGUGUAAAUUGCACAGUUCUUCAUUGGAGGGCUAAUUCAACCUUUAGAAUGAUAAUACAGUGUACCCUCACUAUAAUUAAAAUAUAUGCACUAUAAAGGUCACUAAGAAGAGAGUACCUGCAUGUAUUGUACCAUUAAAAGUGAAUAAAUACAGUUGUAAAGGUCCCUGCACCUGCUGAAAUCUUACUAGAAUAAUCUGACCUCAGGGUUACAAGUCUUAAAUGUGCCUUACAGAUGAUAGUACUGAGUAUGUUUUGUUAAAAUAUUUAAAACAGUUAAAAUAUUCUUUGCAAUAAAAAUAUGUGUACUAAUUUAA